AAUUUACCGAACUUGAGAGUUUCAAAAAAUGAUGCAACGCCUUGGACGACACUCAAGAAGUUUUUCCUUGUUCAGGAAAACACAGCCGGUUCGAUUCUCCGGAACCCUAAGGUCGCCGAAGCUGAAUGACACUUUACAAAGUCGGAUCAUGGCGGUGGAAAGAAGGUUCCUACGGGGGCUUAAUGUUUCACCUGUGCUGGACGAUUGGCUAGAACGAGGCAAUAAGAUAAACCCUACGGCUUUUAGAAACGUCAUCAAAGCUCUCUGCGAGUCUCAGCGAUUCGAACACGCCCUACAGGUCUCAGAGUGGAUAACUAAACGAGGGAUUUUCCGUUUCAGCACUGAAGAUUUUGCAUCUCGGCUUUACCUCGUUGAGAUCCAUUCAGGGUUGGGAGAAGCAGAGAAGUUCUUCAAAAGCAUUCCUGAGAGCAUGAGAGACGACUCACUCUACACCGUUCUCUUAACCUUUUACACAAAGUCCAAGAACACACGGCACGAAGCUGAAGCCACUUACCAGAAGAUGAGGGAGCUAGAUCUGCUCUCGAAACCUAACCCUUACUACAACAUGAUUUCUCUCUACGGCAUGCUUGGAGGAAAAAACAUGGUGGACGAGAUUCUGAGGCAGAUGAAGGAGAAGGGAGUAGAGCAUGACAAGAUUCUCACGGCCAACAACGUUUUGAGGGCUUACGCGAGUAUACCCGAUAACAUGGAGGCGAUGGAGAAGUUGCUGAUGGAAACAGAAGACGGAGAUCCGCGAUUCGCAUUAACCAAGGAAACGGCAAAAGCCAUGUCAAAGGCUUACCACAAAGCUGGUUAUAGAAAAAAAGCGAUAGAUAUUGUGCGUAGAACACUAUCAGCUGAUGGAGACUAUGUAGACUCCAUGAACGAGGUGUUAAUGGAGGCGUAUGACAUUGCCGGUUCACAACAAGAUAAGUCCCGCCUUCAUAAGUUCAUCUAUCCGAAUGCAUUCUUGAACACUCGUCCUCCGAAAUCGAUUGUUAGGAUCAUUCUGAGAUGUAACAAUCUAAAAUUGGAACGAUGGAGGAAACAGGGAAACCCUUUGUAUCCAUCGGAUCUCAGAAGCAUCAUCGAAACCCUUGGAGACUCUGAACGGUUUAAGGAAGCUCUCAAGGUAUCAGAGUGGAUGAGUAAGAAGAAAGUUUGCCAUCUAAUUCCACAAGAUUUCGCAGCUCGGCUUAGUCUGAUUUUCGAGGUUCUUGGUUUUGGCAAAAGCAGAGAAAUUCUUCGAAAGAGAGACCACUCUGUCUACACAACUGUCUUAUGCUUCUAUUCAAGAAGUUACAUAAAGGAUUUGGAUAGAGCUCUCUUCAUCUCUCAGAUGAUGAGAGAGCUCGGGUACCUCUCGAAAACUAGUCCCAUCAACGACAUGAUGUCUCGAAAAGAUUAUUUGGAUAAAGCCGAGUUCAUCUUUGGGAAGAUGAGAGAGAGCUCGGGUACCUCUCGAAACCUAGUCCCUUCAACCACA